AUGUCCCGAGAACUGAGAACCGGCAUAUUCACUUACGCCGAUUUUGACCUUCAAGCUCUAUGCCGUCAAGCGAGCACGCUGCGGCAGGGUGUUUCGUGUGCUUGUGACCCGGAUGAACGUCCUGCCUCGGGAAGUUUCAACUGGGCUGUCUUUAUUUCGUUUGAAGAUGGGGUACGAUGGGUUUUCAGAUCCCCACAUCCUCGAUCGUUUAUGCCACUCGAAAUUGGGAUAAAGCUACUGGCCAGUGAAGCUGCCACGCUCCGAUAUCUCAGGACUCAUAGCGAUAUCCCAGUCCCAGAAGUAUACGACUAUUGUGCCUCGUCCGAUAAUGACAUCGGGAUUCCCUUCAUUUUUAUGAGUGAAGCGCCUGGCUGGCCAUUGUCAAGGAUUUGGGGAUCAACCAGUUCUUCUCAACCUGAUCUAGAUGCUGUUAACAAGGCCAAAAUUCUCUCCCAGUUGGGCGGUAUUACUUGGAAGCUUUCACAAUUACGGUUCGAUAAAAUCGGCUCACUCUUCGAAGAGAAUGAGUCCUUCGAGAUCCAGGAAUGUCUCUCGCGCGGUCACAUGUUACAUUCACGAUACUCUUUGGAGAUACCACGUGGGCCUUUCGAUUCCCAGGCAGAGUUUUAUGACAGCCUUAUUUCUGCAUUCUCUGAGCAUGCAGAGAUCCUGCCGUUAUCUCAUCAUUGUUUUGUGGCACCUGUUCCCUCCCGGGACGACUAUCAAUCCCAUAUGCAAUAUAGGAGCGCUGUGGACCUGUGGGAUCAGUUCGUUACUAUUGGAAACAAGACCAACACAUCGGACAACAGGCUGGAUUACAUGAUCACAGGCGACGCUCUCCGCGACAUUGUACGGAAACUUGAACUCCCAGCCGUCAAUACGGAGACUUUUCCGUUGUGCCACGCUGAUCUGAGCGUGAAUAACAUAUAUGUCGAUGAUGAUUACAACAUUACGUGUAUCAUCGACUGGGCAUUCGCUUCAUCCGUCCCUGAAACCAUGAUCCUAGAGCCACCAGGAUUGCCACAAUACCGCAACGAAAUUAGUUCGGAAUUACAAAUGUCCUUCAUAAAUGGCUUUAUUGCUGCUAUACCCAAAUCGGCGGACGAGAAGAAAAUCUGCAAAUAUCGCGAAAUGCUUGAGCGAGGCCAAGUCUCCUGGAGAUUGAGUCGACUCCUCAGCUUUGACUCAAUUGACGAAUACAGCCUCUUUACUUCUCUUUGGCACUUUGCCUAUGGCCUUGAAAAGGAUCUGGGGCAAUACUUCUUGCAAAUGCGAGGUUCGCCUCACUAUAUCCGGCUUUACAAGGAAGUCCAACAAGAGGAUCAGCCAGUUUCGAAAAUCGAGAAAGAUGAAAAUAAUUAUUUCCGCAACAAGGAUCUCAGGAAGACAAUAGCUAAGAAGCUGACGCUCAUUUCCGAAUGGAAGGCACAGUAUACCGUCACUCCAUCAAGACUCCGGAAAGAUAUGUUUGUCACUUCUCCCAAGUUGUGGAAAUGGAUCCAACAAUUUGUGCAGGAAUGGGAAGAUACGCCUUGA